GAUCCGCUCCCCUCGCCCCUCCCCACACACACACAUCACCACCACCGGAACGCUCUCAACCGUCAGCGUGGCAAUGCAGCCCGGGGACCAGACCUCCGGCGGCGACGCGGGCGCCGAGGCGGAGGCUUUCGUCCCGCGCGGCGGGCUCCACGGCCUGCGCCGUCGCACCGGGCCGGUCUUGCUCGACUCGAGUCCCCGCAGCGGCCGCGCGGGCGACGGGAGGCGGUCCACCUUCCGGGAGGACGUCGGCCAUGCCGCUGCCGAGACGUACCUCGUCACCGGCCUCGCCUUCACCCUGCUCGGAUACCUCGGGGUAGGCUAUCGGUGGAUAUCGCAGCUCAUUGCGCUCCUUCUUUAUGCAGUUUUACUCAUGCCUGGUUUCAUAAAAGUUGGGUACUAUUAUUUCUUUUCAAGUCAGGUUUGUAGAAGUGUAGUCUAUGGAGAACAACCAAGAAACAGGUUGGAUCUGUACAUACCCAGAGAUCACAGCAAAUCUUGUCCAGUUGUGGCCUUUGUAACUGGCGGAGCAUGGAUCAUUGGUUACAAGGCAUGGGGUGCUCUCCUUGGAAGGCGGUUGGCAGAGCGAGGAAUUAUAGUAGCUUGUAUUGAUUACAGAAAUUUCCCUCAAGGAACAAUAAGUGACAUGGUCACUGAUGCUUCUGAGGGGAUAUCAUUUGUUUGUAAUAAUGCUGUUAGCUUUGGAGGGGAUCCUAAUAAAAUAUACUUGAUGGGUCAAUCAGCAGGAGCACAUAUUGCGGCUUGCGCUCUCUUAGACCAAGCAGUUAAAGAAUCUAAGGGAGAGCAUACCUCUUGGAAUCUGGCUCAAGUAAAAGCAUAUUUUGGUUUAUCUGGAGGAUACAACAUCCAAAAGUUGGUCGAUCACUUCCAUGAACGCGGGCUUUAUCGUUCAAUAUUUCUCAGCAUAAUGGAGGGAGAGGAAUCGCUGCCACUUUUCUCUCCUGAAAUCGUCACCAAGAGAUCAAGUGCUGAAGCGAUAGCUCUGCUACCUGAAAUUGUACUAAUGCAUGGAACAGCAGAUUACUCCAUACCAUCAUCUGCCAGUGAAACUUUUGCGGAUGUCCUUAAACAUGCUGGUGGGAAAGUAAAGCUACAAUUGUAUGAAGGGAAAACACAUACAGAUGUAUUUUUACAGGAUCCACUUAGAGGUGGCAGAGACCAACUGGUUGAAGAUGUUAUUUCUGUUAUCCAUGCUGAUGAUGCACAUGCGCGCGAGAAGGACGCUUUGGCACCUACCCCUGAGCGCCUGGUUUAUGAGUGGCAACUAAAGUUGGCACGCCAAAUUAGUCCCUUCUGAACAGGCCUGCACGCAGAAAGGGGUUUCUCCAAGACAUUUGCUCGUUGAUACUAGUUAUCGUGCAUGCACAAGAAAGGUAUGCAUCUGUUAAUGUGUGCCAACAUGGGUACUACAUGGGGGUUCAGAAUCUGGGCCAAGCGAACGGAGCUACUUCAGUCCUUGCUGGGGGCGCCAGGUGGUCACGAUAGAAGAAAGUUGUUAGGGAUCUCUAGGCUGUAGGCAAUGCUCUACUACAUACUGUACUUUCUUAUGGUUUACACGUGUUUUUUUUCUGUUUCUUUUGACAAAUGCGUACGAAAGUAUAUAGAAUGACAGUACGAUCUGUAAAUACAAUAGGAUGUUGUAUCA